GCGUCAACAAUCUAUCUACUCGCGAUUUAAGAUUUCAUUUCAUAAUUUCAUUUUAUUCAUUGAAUACUAUUUGUAUUUAAUAAUAUCUAAGUUAUGCAUACAGAUUUGUCACCCCAUCUACAUACUGACGAGUGUAAUAUUUUGAUAAAAAAGUUAAUGGACUGCCACUCCGAGCAUACAUUCCUCAAGUUUACGGGCUACUGCAACGACUAUGACAGUGAUAUGAGAAGGUGUUUGAAGCAAGAGCGUCUUCGGCGUCAGAAAGCUAAUCUAGAAGAGUCACGAAAACGGCAUGCGGAAAUCCACGCUAGAAUACUAAACUCCCAAAAAGCAAAAGCAAGUCAAGCACAGUAA